AUGAUUUUGUGUAGUGUUACUAAUUUUUUUCAUUUUUUUUGUCUGACCAGUUGUAGCGACAUAACCAGCGCUGCUAAUGAAACUGAACUUCUCGGCUUACAAACAAUUUAUACGACACAAUCUUCGGCUUCUUAUCAACGUGACUCUACGCCGUUCAAUCUGUUUAUUCCUUUAAGAACUUUUAAUGCACAUUUAUUCAAAGCUAAACUGUUCCCUCAUGUGCAAUUUACAGACUUUUCAUAA